AUGGGCUUUCCGGAUCUCCUCGACAGCACCACAACCGGAAUAGACUGGACAGCCUUGGACUGCCUAUCUGGUUCUUCGGAGCUAAAUGGGACGCCGAAUGUCUUUGAGAGUGCAUCCCCUGGUACGUACACACAUAUAUGCUCGUUGAACCGACCUAGUAAUAUGGGAACAAACACUAAUCAAUUGAAUGAAGAUCCUCCUCCGCCUGGUCCCCAGCAGCAACACCAACCAGCCCCGGAUGCUACAAAAUCCACUACCAGUGCGUGGUCGACUAAUAAAACGGUGUCGAUGCCAUCAGGAGCAACACCAACAUCACUGUCGACCCCUUCUCCGGCUUCCCGGGAAUCAUCUCCUAAGCAUACUGCCGCCGCUUCUCGUGUCUCGAAACGGCAACUGAACACUUUGGCUGCCCGCAGAUACCGCCAGCGACGCAUCGACCGGAUGAACCAGCUAGAGGCGGAACUGGAGGCUGUCAAGCGUGAACGCGACGAAUUGAAAAUGCGAGUCUCCAAAUUGGAGGGGGAGACUGAUGCUUUGAGAAGUAUGGUUCAGGAGAAGUCGAGGUGA